AUGUACAGUUUCAGAAUAUCAGUUUCAUCUAUUUCAAAAAUUGUACCUGAGGUCUGUGAAGCUUUGUAUAAUGUGCUGAAGGAAGAAUAUUUAAAGCCACCCACAACAAAGCAACAAUGGUUACACAUUGCUGAUGAAUUUAAGUGCAAAUGGCACUUUCCCCAUGCAGUUGGCAACAUUGAUGGUAAACAUAUCAACUUGCGUGCACCUCCAACCUCAGCCCCUGAGUACUUUAACUAUAAAAAACAUUUUAGCAUAGUCCUCUUGGCUAUUGCAGAUGCAAAUGCUAAAUUCAUCUCAUUUGAUCCUGGAGCCCCUGGCAACCAGUCAGAUGGAGGAAUUUUUAAAGACAGUCACCUUAAAAACAUAUGCAAGACAUGCUAUUUCCCACAAGCUGAAGAACUAAGAGAUACAUUAUUGCCUAUACCUUACUUUCUGCUUGGAGAUGAGGCAUUUGCUUUGAAUGAAAAUCUAAUGAAGCCAUAUCCACACCAGACUGCAAUAGGUGAUGAGAAAGUUUUUAACUAUAGACUUUCACGAGCACAAAGAAUUGUCGAAAAUGCAUUUGUAUUGAUGUGUAGUCGAUUCAGAUGUGGAUUCCGAUGUCUUUUGAGAACAUUGGAGUUGGAUGUUCCAAAUGCAAUGCAGGUGGUGAGGGCCUGUAUGGCACUGCAUAACCUUUUGAUAAGUCAGAAGGACCAGGGUCAGGAAAGGAAAUGUUGUGAAUGGUUCUUGGAGAACACAAUUAGGCAAUGA